CGUCGCGGUUUUCGGCCCAGAUGGCGGCCCAGGUCGUUCACACGCGGUAUCCCGGAGAGGCGGCACCCUCGGCUUCGGCGGCCGCUACUCUGGAGACGACGAGGCCCGGAAUUUCAGAUAUGCUUACAUUAGAGAAUGACUUCUUCAAUUCUCCCCCAAGAAAAACUGUUCGGUUUGGCAGUACUGUGCCAGAAGUCUUGCUGAAAUACAAAAAGGGUGAGACGAAUGACUUUGAGUUGUUGAAGAACCAACUCUCAGACCCUGACAUAAAGGAUGAACAGAUCAUCAGCUGGCUGCUGGAGCUCCGCUCUUCCAUCAUGUACCUGACCAAAGACUUCGAACACCUGAUUAGUAUUGUGUUGAAAUUGCCUUGGUUGAAUAGAAGUCAGGCAGUGGUGGAGGAGUACUUGGCUUUUCUCGGGAAUCUUGUGUCUGCCCAGACCGUCUUCCUCAGGCCCUGUCUUGGCAUGCUGGCUUCCCACUUUGUACCUCCGCGAGUGAUCGUUAAGGAAGGUGACAUAGAUGUUUCGGAGUCCGAAGAUGAAGAUGAUAAUCUUCCUGCGAUUUUUGACACAUGUCACCGAGCCUUGCAAAUAAUAGCAAGAUAUGUCCCAUCGACACCAUGGUUUCUUAUGCCAAUACUUGUGGAAAAGUUUCCAUUUGUUAGAAAAUCUGAGAGAAUACUGGAAUGUUACGUCCAUAAUUUACUAAGGAUCAGUGUGUAUUUUCCUACCCUGAGGCAUGACAUUCUGGAACUUGUUAUUGAGAAGCUCCUCAAGUUGGAUGUCAGUGUGUCCUGGCAGGACAUCGAGGAUGCUGAAGAGGCUGCGGCCCAUGCUCGGGUUGGGACGGACUCGGCCGAAGGACUGUUCAACAUGGAUGAAGAUGAAGAAACAGAGCAUCAAGCAAAGGGUGACCCCGAGCUGCGAGUUCAGAUGGCCCAUCCUGUAGCUGAGCGCCUGGACAUCCUGCUUGCUUUGCUUUUGUCCUACAUCAAGGAUGUCUGCUAUGUGGAUGGUAAGGUUGAUAACAACAAAACCAAGGAAUUGUAUCGUGAUCUUAUCUCCAUCUUUGACAAGCUGCUGUUGCCCACCCAUGCCUCCUGCCAUGUCCAGUUUUUCAUGUUUUACCUCUGUAGCUUCAAAUUGGGUUUUGCAGAGGCAUUUUUGGAACAUCUCUGGAAAAAAUUACAGGAUCCAAAUAAUCCUGCUAUCAUCCGGCAAGCUGCUGGGAAUUACAUCGGGAGCUUUCUGGCAAGAGCGAGAUUUGUUCCUCUUAUCACCGUGAAGUCAUGCCUGGAUCUUCUGGUUAACUGGCUGCACUCGUACCUUAAUAACCAAGAUUCGGGAACAAAGGCUUUUUGUGACGUCUCUCUCCACGGUCCAUUUUACUCAGCCUGCCAAGCUGUGUUCUACACGUUUGUUUUUCGACACCAGCAGCUUUUAAGUGGAAACCUGAAGGAAGGUUUGAGGUAUCUUCAGGGCCUGAAUUUUGAGCGGCUGGUGAUGAGCCAGUUGAACCCUCUGAAGAUCUGCCUGCCGUCUGUGGUGAACUUUUUUGCUGCUAUCACGAAUAAAUACCAGCUGGCCUUCUGCUACACCAUCAUUGAGAGGAACAGCCGCCAGAUGCUGCCGGUUAUCCGAAGUUCCGCCGGAGGGGACUCCGUGCAGACCUGCACCAACCCACUCGACACCUUCUUCCCCUUCGACCCCUGCAUGCUUAAGAGGUCGAAGAAGUUCAUUGACCCCCUGUACCAGCAGUGGGAAGACAUGAGCGCUGAGGAGCUGCAGGAGUUGAAGAAACCCGUGGCAAAGAUGGCAGUGGAAGAUGAGGAUGACGAUUUUCUGAAAGGCGAAGCGGCACAGAGCGAAGCCGCCAUCGGGCUCACGCCCAGCUCCUUCGAUCAGUCGGAUGCCUAG